AUGAACAGAGAUGCUGCUCAUGGUUUCACCAAACUUCUGGUGGAACUUACAAUUGAGAUGUUCAGAAUUUCCGAUGUUCAGCAGAUCAAUAAAAAGGAUGUGAGCAUCACUGGGAAACCAAUAUUUGUUGCAGCAUGUGGGGUUAUCCUUAAAAGAGUUGAUGAGCUAUUGGAACAAGUCUGCCUGCUGAGCAAUCUCAUUACUGAUCCUCAAAUAAACAGUCUAUAUACCUGGUCAGCCCCAUCCCAAGCUGCUGCUGCUCCUGCCGGAGGUCCACCAGGAGGGCCAGGAAAUCCAGGAGAUGGAGGACCUACACAACCAGUCAAUACCACCAGCAACAGAAGGCUGCAGCAAACACAGGCUCAAGUCGAUGAGGUGGUGGACAUCAUGCGAGUGAAUGUGGACAAAGUCCUCGAGCGAGAUCAGAAGCUAUCAGAGCUCGAUGACCGUGCAGAUGCUCUCCAAGCUGGGGCAUCACAAUUUGAAACAAGUGCUGCUAAGCUGAAGAGGAAGUAUUGGUGGAAAAACUGCAAGAUGAUGAUUAUACUUGGAGCAAUAUGUGCAUUCAUUAUCAUCAUUAUCAUAAUCUAUUUCUGCACCUGAGGAGAAAGAAGUCCGACUGAAAAUGCAGCUCAGCUUUGUUCUCGUCAGCCAUACCUUCUCCAGUGUCAGAUAUUAUUUAUUAAUCUCUGCUUAUAACCA